AUGGCGUCAAAAUUAAAUGAAGAAGCACAAUCAGAAUUUAAAGAAGGUUUUGCAUUAUAUGAUGGAAAUAAAGAUGGUAAAUUAGAAGCAGCUGAAUUAGCUAAUACACUCAGAUGGUUAGGUCAAAAUCCAUCACAAUCAGAAAUUAAUGAAAUUUUAAGAGAAUUUGGAAGUAAUAACCAAAUGGGAGUGGAUGGAUUAUUUAAUUAUUUAGGUAGAAAAGUUGUUGAUGAUUUUGAUGAAAAAGAAAUUAUUGAAGCUUUCCAAGUAUUUGAUAAAGAUGGUAAAGGUAUGAUCGGUGCUUCUGAUCUUAGACAUAUUUUAACAAAUUUAGGUGAAAGAUUACCAGAAGAACAAGUAGAAGAAAUGUUAAGACAGGCAGUCGGUAGUGGUGAUGGUGCAAUCAACUAUGAACCAUUUGUAAGAAAUAUGUUAAAGAAAUAA